AUGGACGCGGUGCUGCUAGAGCACUUCCCCGGGGGCCUUGACGCCUUCCCAUCUCCUUACUUUGACGAGGAGGACUUCUUCACCGACCAGUCCUCUCGGGACCCUCUGGAGGAUGGCGAUGAGCUGCUGGCUGACGAGCAGGCCGAGGUGGAGUUCCUCAGCCACCAGCUGCACGAGUACUGCUACCGCGAUGGGGCGUGCCUGCUGCUGCAGCCCGCGCCCUCGGCUGCCCCGCACGCACUCGCCCCGCCGCCCUCGGGGGGCUCCGGAGAGCCAGAGGACGGUGGCGGAGGCUACUGCUGCGAGGCGGGUGCGCCCCCCGGCGGCUUCCCCUACUCGCCCGGCUCGCCGCCCUCGUGCCUGGCCUACCCGUGCGCUGGGGCGGCUGUGCUGUCCCCGGGGGCCCGGCUGCGGGGCUUGAGCGGGGCGGCGGCGGCGGCGGUGCGGAGGCGGCGGCGGGUGCGCUCGGAGGCGGAACUGCAGCAGCUUCGACAGGCGGCCAACGUGCGCGAGCGGCGUCGCAUGCAGUCCAUCAACGACGCCUUCGAGGGGCUGCGCUCCCACAUCCCCACGCUUCCCUACGAAAAGCGUCUUUCCAAGGUGGAUACGCUGCGCCUGGCCAUCGGCUACAUCAACUUCCUCAGCGAGUUGGUGCAGGCCGACUUGCCACUGCGCGGCGGCGGCCCAGGGGGCGGCCGAGGGUCCGGCGGUGGUGGACGCCUGGGAGGGGACAGCCCGGGCAGCCAGGCCCAGAAGGUUAUCAUCUGCCAUCGGGGCACCCGGUCCCCCUCUCCCAGCGACCCGGACUACGGCCUCCCUCCCCUCGCAGGUCACUCUCUCUCAUGGACUGAUGAAAAACAACUCAAAGAACAAAAUAUUAUCCGAACAGCCAAAGUGUGGACCCCAGAGGAUCCUAGAAAACUCAACAGCAAAUCUUCCUUCAACAACAUAGAAAACGAACCGCCGUUUGAGUUUGUGUCCUGA